AUGACUCACCGUCACGCCUUUGAAGCUGUAGACAGAACUCUGAGGGAUUUGCUAUCUGCAGGAGAUGAAUCUGCAGCUGAGAAAACUUUUGGUGGUAAGACAGUUUUACUUGGAGGGGACUUCAGACAAAUAUUACCAGUUGUGCAACAAGGAGGUCGUCAAGAUACGGUGUCAUCAUCCAUCAGUAGGUCGUACCUUUGGAACUCAUGUUCUGUCUUUACCUUAACAACGAACAUGCGGCUACAUGAUGAAGACAGAGAGUUCGCAGCCUGGAUAUUGAGAGUGGGUAAUGGAACGGCAGAGAAAGCACAAGCUGCAGAAGAGGCUCAGGGUGAAAGUGAGACAGUACUCGUGCAUCCAGAAUUUAUCCUCCCAAAUACUGAGGACCACUUACACGCGAUCACAGAUGCAGCAUACCCAAACUUCAUUCACCACUACCAAAACCACGACUACUUGACAGAGAGAGCCAUUUUGACGCCAAGGAAUGACACUGUCCAUGAAAUCAAUACCUACAUGCUCUCCAAGGUCCAAUCCGAGAUGAAGGAGUAUUUAAGCUCCGACAGCAUUGAAACAGAGGCUAAACCUGCUGUCAAGUCGAGCAGCUCCGACAGCAGUGAAACGGAGGCUAAACCGGCUGACAACUACACGCAAGAGUACUUGAACUCACUCGAGUUCCCUGGCAUACAAAACCAUCGACUCUGCCUAAAGGUCGGGGUUCUUGUGAUGUUGCUGAGAAACCUGAAUCAAAAAAACGGAUUGUGCAAUGGGACAAGGUUAGUUAUUACACGUCUUGGAGACAAGGUGAUAGAAGCAGAGAUACUUACGGGAACACAUAUCGGGGAGAAGGUACUAAUACCAAGGAUAACACUAUCUCCAACUGACCACAAGCAUCCAUUCACGCUACGAAGGCGGCAAUUCCCUGUCAGACUCUGCUACGCAAUGACAAUAAAUAAGAGUCAAGGACAAAGUUUGAAACAAGUGGCGCUCUAUUUACCAAAGCCUGUAUUCACUCAUGGUCAGCUAUAUGUGGCUCUUUCGCGGGUUACGUCCCCCGGAGGUUUAAAGAUAUUACAAUACACAUCAGGAAAGACAGGGGAAGAGGACGUCACCAAUAUUGUGUACAGAGAGAUUUUCAACAACCUGCCUAUUUGA